GAGUACAUCCAGCUGACCGUGUACUCAAGUCUUUAGUCACAUAUAAACCAGCAGAGAAAACAGAAGUUCAAACCCACCCAGGAAAGCCAAGACUGAACCUACUCAACUCAACUCAAUUCGAUACACAAUGAUAUCAAGUAGUGGUCGUUUAAUUAAACGUCUUGCCGUAUUCGAUUUUGAUCAUACAAUAUCCGAAUAUAACACAGAUAUAGUAGUGCGGGACUUACUUGAUAAAGAUCUUCGAACGCCAGAAAUAAGGAGUAUUGUACGGACUUGCGGGUGGAUACCAUACAUGCAAAAAAUUCUCAGGAUGCUACAUCAGCAAGGAUGCAAACCAACUGAAAUAGUUUCGGCGAUUCGAGGAAUUCCGGAAGUUUCUGGCAUCAAGAUGUGCAUUGAAGAAAUGGCCCGAAGCAACUUUCACAUCAUCAUAAUCAGCGACUCCAACUCAGAAUUCAUCAAGAUAUGGAACGAAUACAACGAUAUAAGCCGCUUUAUCCACACAACCUUUACAAAUCCGGCCAAGUUCAACAGCAAUGGGCUUUUAGAAGUACAUCCCUUCCACCAUCAGACCGAAUGUACGCUGAGCUCAAAAAACCUCUGCAAAGGCUCAAUUUUAGACGACUUUAUAAGUAAUCAGUACGAUCAAGCCAACACGGAGUACGAAAAGGUAUUCUACAUUGGCGAUGGCAAAAAUGAUGUUUGUCCAAUGCUGCGGCUCAACGAGAAUGGAUACGCCUGUCCCCGGGAAGGCUACAUUUGCUGCGAAGAACUAGCAAACGCCAUCAGCAAGCGACCGGAACGAUACGAGGCUAAAAUUUUGAAAUGGAACACCGGAAGUCACCUGAUUGACCUAAUCUGGCGAGAACUUUGACCGUGCGCUAUCUGUGUUGUCAUGUUGGGAAACCAUUUUACGGUACUCGUUUAUUUGAUUUUGUUUGAUCAAAGCAUCCUGUCUCAAAAUCCCCACUACCCAGUUAACUCAAUCGGAAUUCAAUUCGAAUUGUUUACGUAUUCCGUUUCAAACGCAACAACCGAUCUCGUGUACGUAACGCUGAUUCUAUUGGUACGUUCGUUUGAAAAGCCGGUGCGGCAUCGAGUGCGGCACUACACGCAAAAUGGAUAUCUUAUCUACAUAUAAAAAAAUUCGACGGUUUUGUUCGAACGCGAAUCAGUUGAUAACGAUAAAAGUCGUAUCGGAGCGCUC